AUGGGGUCGAAAAAGCACAAGAAACAUAAAUCAGAACGCCGAGAACGCGAAGGUGACAGAGAGAAAUCGUUCAGCCUCGACCGGCCACCAAGCCUGAAGUUGAUACUGAAGGUGAGCGGCAACAGUUCGACGCCGGAGCACGGGAACGAUUCGCCGGCCUACGGUAUUCAGUCGGAUGGCGGCAGCACGUUGUUUACCAGCAGCGGCGACUACCCGGAGCGCCACAAGAAGUCCAAGAAGAAGAAAAAGAAGAAGGACCGUGAAAAGAAGCAUAAGCAUCACCACAAGGAAAAGCGCCACCGGCACCGCGGUGACGACACGAGCCACGGUGAAGACGAGGAGGAUGAGGAAGACUUCAACAGUGUGUGCGAUGAGAGCUCGCAGGCCCUGCCGGAUCCGAUCGGUGCCGUACACUAUCCGGUGGCCAGUUCUGCAGCGGUGGCAGCUGUGGCGGCCGUCGCAAGCUGUUCACUAGCGGCACAACCCGUGACGAAGCCAUUACUGCCGGAAGUACUGCUGUCACCGAAACACGAACCGGACACGGGAUCGGAAUCGGUGUCCGACCCGACACCGUACUCGGAUGCGGUGGAAAGGUCAGCGCUGGUCGGUGGAUUUGUGCUAAAGGAAGAAAUGACGACGGCACCAAGCUCGGUAACGACCGAUGAACCUCUACAGAGUCCCGGAUCGAUGUUGUCUAGCUCGCGACCAGGCAGUAAGAUCGAUUUUCAUGACACCAGCUCAAGCCAAGCGCCGAAAACGCCCAAUUCGGACUGCAGUGGACGAGAACCGCGCAGCUGUGUGCUGAAGUUGAAGCAGAGCCGGUCGCCGCUGGCCAAGCUGUUGGACCAUCUGCUGAAAGCGCUCGAGAAGCGCGAUCCGCACCAGUUCUUUGCGUGGCCCGUGACCGACGACAUUGCACCCGGCUACUCAUCGAUCAUCAUGAAGCCGAUGGACUUUUCCACCAUCCGGCAGAAGAUCGACGACAACGAGUACGGCUCGGUGGCGGAGUUUAGUGACGACUUCAGGCUGAUGUGUGAGAACGCGAUCAAGUACAAUCACUCCGAGACGGUGUACCACAAGGCGGCCAAGAAGCUGCUGCAUGUCGGGGCCCGUCUGCUGCAGCCGGACAAUCUGAUGCGCUCGUUGCGGCCCCUCAUGACGUACAUGCGCGAGCUGACGGCGAAAGAGCUUGGCUUCGAGCCACCUAGCGGGGCUAGCGAUGGAGGCGAGCACGAGUUCCACCACCAGCACCAUACGGCCGAUUCGGCCGACGAAGCGAUGGCGGCCGCCGUCGACGAGGGCAUCAAUGCGCAGAUCGAGGAGGACGAGAAACGCAAACAGAUUCGGCUGGAAAACAAUCCGCAGACCAAAUUCGAGGCGUUUGUGGAUGAUCUGACGGCGGACGAGGUGCUGGCCCAGGUGCAGAGUGCGGCACUGAAUGCGAGGACGAAGCUUUUAAAGCGCAAAUCGGCCCACCGGAUGGGCUUCCUAAGGCAACACAAGGACGGUACGACGUCGAUGAAGAUACUGCUCGACAGGGGCGCAUCGGAAGGGACCGAAGGAGGUCCGGAGCGAACCGUGACACUGGGGGCUCACAUGGGCAAGCUACAGUACGGCACCGGGCAACUGCAGGGCUUCCGGGAGGAUCGCCGAAACAGCGCCAAGACCGUGAAACCCCUCAGCUACGGUGCGUUCAGUUCGUUUGCGCCAGUCUUUGACUCCCGGUUUGCCAACCUGAACAAGGAGGAAACGGACAUGGUGCUCAACACGUACGGCUGCGAAACGGGUGGGGACUACGCCGAGAGCAUACUGCGCUUCGCCAUGGACAGUCCGUUCGCUGCCGGCAUGGCACACAAUCUGCUGGACGUGCUGACCAACGGUGAACACCGGCAGACAUACGGCAAGCUGUACGAAUCGCACGUGCAGCGCGAGGAAGGUGAAGCUGUCCGACAAACGUUGCCCGAUCCCGAUCCGGUAGCGAUAGCGGAAGAGGUGAAGCGGUACGCCAACGUGAAGAUCGAUUUCGAUAGCCUUCGGUCGUUGUCGGCGCUCGGGGUCGACACACAAUUUCUCGACCAGCUCGAGCAGGAACUGACCGGCGUCGAGACGGUCGGUCCGAUGUUGCACCAAUCGUUGCACGAAAACUCCGAACUCCUGCAGAAACUGCACCAGAUGCAAACGGAUCGCCUAUCGGCACCGCUGCCGGCACACCUCUCCCAUAUCCAGCACCCGUCCGACAAUGAGAUUGACCUGGCCGGACAAAUUUCCAGCAAUCUGACGCAGAUUGCCAAGCAGCUACCUCCAUCGGCGAUCGCACAACCGCACAGCUUGCGGAAGGCGAUGGGCAUCAGUUCUGUUGGUUUGGAAGUUUUCCAGCCGCCUCCAGCGGCUGCAGUAUUGUCGGACGUCCAACAGCCUUCAGUACCUGGACAGCUGCAACCGCAACCGUCACGGCAACCACAGUCGCAGCAAGCAAACUGUAACGGAGCGACAGUAGCAGCUGCAAGCGCCGGUGCUCCCACUUCCGCACCGAUCGUUACUCCCAGUCCAGCAUCUGAUAUCGACACGACGCCGAUGGACAUGGAUCUCGAACCGGAACCGAUUUCACACCACCACCAUCAGCACCAUCCCCAUCCGCACCAUCUGCCUCCAGCUCAGCAGCAACCACAUCCGCAGCAGCAAUCUAUAAUUCAACCCAGUGCCGGCGUGGCCUCCGUAGACUUGGACAGUGAGCUGCGCGAGUUUCUCGGCAGUUCGGGCCUCAGCUCGAACGGUGCCACCUCGGCCGACGGAACAGAAUCGUCCGAAGCGACCUGCAUCGAGCAGAUGCUGAUGGACUGAUGAGCAGCCAUCAGUGGACGUAGUCAGUUCCGGGAG